UUUGAAAUGCUGACUGGGACGUUACCAUUCCAGGGCAAAGACCGCAAUGAGACAAUGAACAUGAUCCUCAAAGCUAAGUUAGGGAUGCCUCAGUUCCUGAGUCUAGAAGCCCAGAGUCUGCUGAGAAUGCUGUUUAAACGCCACCCUGCUAACCGCCUGGGGGCUGGGGUCGACGGGGUGGAGGAGAUCAAACGUCACGCCUUCUUCUCAUCGAUCGACUGGAACAAGCUAUACAGGACAGAGCUCCAGCCUCCGUUCAAACCAGCAGCAGGGAAGCCUGACGACACGUUCUGCUUCGACCCAGAGUUCACCGCUAAAACACCCAAAGACUCCCCAGGUAUUCCUCCCAGUGCCAAUGCCCAUCAGCUGUUUAAAGGGUUCAGCUUCGUGGCUCCAGCCUCUCUGGAUGACAAGAAGGGCUCUCCUCUACUCAGCAUCCUACCUAUAGUACAGAUACAUGGUGGAUCAGCCCAGUUCUCAGACCUGUAUGAGCUUCAGGAGGAUAUUGGAGUUGGAUCGUAUUCUAUCUGUAAACGCUGUGUACACAGAGUGUCUGUUAUGGACUACGCUGUGAAGAUAAUAGAUAAGGGUAAGAGGGAUCCAUCGGAGGAGAUUGAGAUUCUGAUGAGAUACGCACAGCACCCCAACAUCAUCACACUCAAAGAUGUAAGUACUGUAGCCCAAACUGUUACUGUUAGCCCCAAACUGUUACU